UCCAUUUUGAAGGGCAUCCCGGCUCCGUUUAUUGUUGUCUGCGUCUCGUUGUUCCGGUCGAUUACGACGUGUGUUUUGAAAUUUUGAAAAGGAUAAAAGCUCAUUCUCGUCGUGGGAUACGGUUGUACUGUACGACGGGAGCUCGCGGGAGCAAAAAUGCAAGGCACAAUAAUCGAAAAUCUGAGCGGCAAAAAGCUCUCGGUUCUGGUGAUGCUUUUGAUAAUCGGGCAAAUAGUUUGCUUUUUGAUAGGCGGUUUAAUCGCACCUACACCUGCCAGCAGCCAAAAUAUUCUUGGCACCCCAUGCAAAGAUGUUAGUGUGAAUGGAUCUGAUAAUAACAAAUGGUUUUACUCAAGAGGAAAAGGUUCUUGUACCUCAGUUGACACACAUCAGUACAGUUUUGACAAUUAUGGACAACCUUAUGAAAUUGUAUACGCAUUUCAGAUGCCUGUGCCUCGGAGCAACAUGCAACUUGAUUAUUCUAGAUGGCAACAAAAUUUGAUAGGUGUUCUACAAGUGGACAUAUCUUAUACCAGCCAGAUUCAAAUUGCUUCUAGAACAAAGAUAACAUUGGAUGCACGACUGGCAUAUCGAAACAAGGGCGACUCUGAUGAUGCCUGGAAACCGUACGCAUCUUCUGUUGUGGAGAGAAAUCUAGAUUGCAGCAUAGAUAAGCCAUUGGAGCACUACAAUUACAAUUGUAGUGUCAUGCCUCUGUUUGAGUUGGGAUCUUUGCAUCAUGAUUAUUAUCUGUUAAACAUCCGUCUUCCUUCCGAUCCCGACAAAAACCAAGGAUUGGGACAUAUUGUUGAUUUAUGGCUUACGGCCAUAAAUCAAAAUGGUGGAUUCACAAAAGUGUGGGUUAGUCUGAAGACUAUUUAUUUCCCGAUAGUCCUUGGCGUUCUUGUUUGGUAUUGGAGGAGGGUGUACAUGUUAUCUAGAUCGCCUGCACUCUUGGAGUACAUGCUCUUGAUUUUGGGUUCUGCUUUAACAUUUUUAAACCUACCCUUGGAAUAUUUAACACUCGCUUUUGAUAUGCCGUUUAUGCUUUUGCUCGGUGACAUUCGACAGGGAGUGUUCUACGCAACACUGUUGUCAUUCUGGCUUGUAUUUGCCGGCGAACAUUUAAUGAUUCAGGAGGGUGAACAAACCAAUUCACUAAAAUGCUACUGGCGGCAUCUUUCUGCAGUGGGUACUGGAUGUCUCUCGUUGUUCGUAUUUGAUAUGUGCGAACGCGGUGUGCAACUGAGAAAUCCGUUCUUUUCAAUUUGGGUCACUGAUAUCGGAACAAAAUUGGCAUUGUCCUUCAUCAUCUUGGCUGGCGUAUGUGCCGGAGUGUACUUGUUGUUUUUGUGUUAUAUGAUAUGGAAAGUGUUUAUGAAUAUCAGCGCGAAAAGAGCGGCUUUGCCUAGCAUGAGCUCGGCACGACGUCUACAUUACGAAGGAGUUAUUUACCGUUUCAAAUUCUUGAUGAUAGCCACGUUAUUGUGCGCGUCGUUGACUGUUAUUGGCUUUAUUUUAGGACAGGUUGCGGAAGGUCAGUGGAAGUGGGACGAAGAUCUGCAGUUGGAAAUGACAUCUGCCUUCUUCACUGGCGUAUACGGAAUGUGGAAUAUUUACAUAAUCGCUUUGUUAUGUCUAUAUGCUCCUUCGCACAAGCAAUGGCCAAUUGAACCUUCUGAAAACAGUGUUAGCGAAGACAUCGAAUUUUCUCCUUUGCCAACUGAUCCUAACGAAAUGUUAUCUCUAACUUCAUUCGCGCGUAAAGCUACAGUAGAUUGAAGUAUAUUUCUGUUUAUGUACAUUUGUAAGAAGCGGGAGGUUCAGACUCAAGCUUAUUAUGUACUUAAUUAUAAGUAGAAAUUCGCAACGACUGUACUUAGGUUUUUCCAGUAUUUAUUACGGUCACAGUGACUGAUAUUAUUUAUUAGGAUCAUCAUUAACUGAUACUCAUAACAAUUUUAUAUACCAAAUUCAAUUAUUUAUUGCUUUUAGUGAUGUUCGGACGUACACACCUGUUUGUAGUAUUUUUUUACAUUUUUAAUGAAGUUUUUUACAUUUUUACAUUUUUAGGGAAGUAUUACAUUUUAAGGAAGUAAAUCAUUUCAUCUCAUCAUAUUUAUAUCUAUCACUUAUGCACAAAUUGUGGAUAUAUUAAGUAUUUUAAACUAUAUUUGAAUAUAUACACUUUUAAACGUGUAAAACAAGUGACAAUCAAACAUUUUAGACGAGAUGAAAUGAGCUUUUAUAUAUUGAACAGCUGACGUUAACCUGAUAUUAACCCUGAUAUACACACUGGAAUCUUUAAGAACUCAGCUACUGUCAUAGUAAAAUGACGUUUUUUUUUUUCGAAUCGAAUUGAAAAAAAGAAUUCAUAUGUUUUGACACACGUUUUUCUUAUACGCAUGAUUGUGUAUAAUUCUGAGUGCAUGAGAUGUAUUGUUUAGUUCCACCUGCUAUCGAUUGAAAAACAAUUAAUCAUAAUAUGUUAAAUUUCUCGAGCACUAUGAUGAAAAAACUAGCUGAGUUCUUCAAUAUAUUCUAAUGAGAAAUAAGUCAACUUUUCGACGGCUCGCGGACUCUAAAUAUUCAUAUGCCUGAGAAAAAUAAGUGUGUAUAUCUAGGAUUAAUCUAGAAUUGUGAUUUUAUACAAAUUUAUUUCUACAGAUUUUUUUUAUACAUGUGCAGACCAUCAAGUUGAACUAAUUAAUACAGAGCUUAUGCUACUGGUAAUUUGUUAACAAUCUUCCUUAAUCGCGUAUUUAGGUUUUCUUUCGGAUUCUAUGUCUUUUCCUCUUCUCCGAUCUUUUCUUUUCCCGGGCUAUUUUUUCCUUUUCUUCAUC